GGUAUACCAUUGUUAUUAUAUAGCACAAUUUCAGCGCUGGUUGCUGCUCUAUUGGGAGUCCAAGUUAUAGGCGCUUUAGUUACCUUUUGGAUGUUUGUCGUUGCUAAUUUUGCUAUUUUAUAAAAUGGCUAUAAACGUGACUAUAAAAAUAAGCGGUGGCGAGACAUUUGUUGUCGAGGUAGAGUUAUCGAUGACUAUUUUGGAGCUUAAGGGAAAAUGUGCCGAUCGAGCUGGCGCUACUCCAGAAAACCAGCGUUUGAUAUUUAAAGGACGCAUUGUGAAGGAUGAAGACACUUUGGAGUCGCUGAAGGUCGAGGAUGGCAACACUAUUCACCUGGUUAGAAGUGGAGUUAAGCGCACAUCACCUCCACCUUCUGUCUCUGGUACCCAAUCUGAAUCAUGUCCUUUAAGUGCUCCUACGGGAAUGCCUGGUACAUCCAAUGUUACCCCUCCCACGUUUACGCCAGAUGCUUUUCCAUUUCCUCAGUCUGGGCAAUUUAACCCUGAGAUGCUCAAUCAGAUGAUGCAGGGUGCAGGUGGUUUUGGUGGAAUGCCUGGCAUGGGUGGUAUACCGGGUGUGGAUGACUUUAAUCCUCAGACUGCUGCUGCUUUAUUCAAUAACCCAAUGAUUCAAGACAUGAUGCAGCAGAUUGCGAACAACCCUCAGUUGUUUAAGGACAUUGUCAGCAGCAAUCCUAUGUUGCAGCCUAUGGUUCAGCAGAAUCCUAUGUUAUCUUAUAUGAUGAACAACCCUGAGCUUUUGCGCAAUAUGAUGCGUCCAGGGGUUCUUCAGGCAGGUUUGCAGUUACAUCAAAGUAUGCAGCAGCAACCACAAUCUGCUGGUGCGAAUGUUGGAAACCCAUUGAUGUCCGCUGGUGGUUAUCCUGGGUUUGCAUUUCCUACUUCGAUGCCUGCGGACACUCGUCCACCUGAGGAGCGUUAUGCAUUUCAGCUUCAGACAUUGCAGGAGAUGGGAUUUACAAAUCGUGAUGAGAAUAUCAGCGUAUUGAAUUUAACAAAUGGCGACAUUUCUGCAGCUAUCAGUCGUCUAUUAGAGGCUCGUGGCAACCCAUCAGUUUGAUGUA